AUGAUCGAAAGCCGCGCGCAAAUCCUGCGCGAGGGUGCCGAGAUCGUUCUCAAGAGCGAACCGAUCGACCCGCGCGACCUGCUGCGCGGCCACUAUGUUGUGCUGACCUAUCCGGCCCAGCAGAUCACCGGCGACGUGCUGGCCGGCCUGACGGCGGAAGCCGGCAUGCGUGAGCCGGGCCGUGACGUUCCGGUCUAUGUCACCUUCGAGGCCGGGCCGGACGGCCACCACAGGCCCGUCGCCGCAUCGCUCACCAAGCCCGAUGAAGGCAUCUUCCUGCGCGGCACCGCGCCCUAUCUGGAUGGCAGAACCGUUACGCUCUUUGUCGAUUAUGGCAUAGGGCGCUUUUACACCAAUGAGCACCGGGCGCCCGAACUGGAAGCGCGGAUGCGCGCCGGCGGCCUGACCGAGAUCGUCAUCGCCGUCGGCGCCGACGGCACCGGCCAGAUCAAGGCGUUUCGGCAGGCCGGCGAGACCAUCGUCACCGAGCCGCUCUAUUGA